CGGACAUACAUGCAUGCUGAGCGUUGAUGUUGCUCGAUUUGCACGGCACCGCACUGUACCUUGUACUACCAUUCCUGGACUCACUACUGCUUCAUUGGGGCCGUCCAGAGCUGUCAGGUCCCCUCGGUCGCUGCACGGACAGGAGCGGGUCUUUCCUCCCUUGUGUGCCUGAGGCCCGUUCGAGAGCUCUUUGCGGCAAGACGCUCUCUGUCUACAGCUUGCCCUCUCGCCGCGGUGAUGGACAAAGAGGGUGCUGUCGUCGGGCAGCAGGGCGAUAUGCACGAGGGUCUCGCCGCGGACAGCAGUGGAGAGGGAGCGUCUAGGUUUUCCAGCGGGAAAUCGCCCCAAUGGCGACUCGCUAGAGAAGAAGCUGGUGUCGCUUUUGAAGAAGGCGAAGGAGAAGAGGAUGGUGCGCGGCCGUCGAGCGGCAAAGUGCCAUUCAUCGCUGCUCUUCCCUUGUGGCGCAAGUGGAGCAUCAUUGUCAUCUAUUUCUUCAUUCAGCUCAGCGCCCACUUCAACACGGCCGUCUACAGCGAUGGUGUGCAGCCCAUUUCGGACCACUUCCACGUCUCGCAGCAGGCCGCUCGAGUUGGGCAGGCCGUUUUCCUCGUUGCAUACGCGAUCGGAGCACAGAUCUGGAGCCCCUGGAGCGAAGACAAGGGCAGGAAAAUGGUCAUUCAGCUCAGCCUCACCCUUGUCAACGCCAUGCAAAUCCUAUGUGCCCUCGCGCCAAACUUUGGCGCACUUGUCGUCGGCAGGGCACUCGGCGGCUUGUUUACGUGCUCAGGCAGCGUCAGCGUGGGAAUCGUCGCCGACGUUUUUGGCAGUCGCGAACCGUACGCGACGGCCCUCAUCAUCUUUGGCUCCGUUGGGGGGAGCGCACUGGGGCCUGUCGUGGGCCCCUUUGUGCAUGCGUACCUAUCAUGGCACUGGUUCUUCUGGCUGCAACUCAUUUUUGGAGCGGUGGUCCAGCUUCUCCAUCUGGUUUUCGUUCCCGAGACGCGGCACAAGAUCAUCGCGGAGAGGUAUAGAAAGCGUUUUGGUCCACACAGCAGCGAGGAGAAGAAGAAGACGAGAGACAUGCUGGCGAAAGCAAAGGACAUUGCGGCAACAACAACUCGCUCGCUCGAGAUGAUCGCUCGUGAGCCCAUCGUCCAAUGCUGCAGCCUGUUGAGCGGCUUCAGCGACGCCCUCAUUUUCAGCUUUAUGGGCUCCUUUCGACUCAUCUAUGCCCAGUGGGGCUUCGAGGCUCCUGUCACCGCCGCUGCCUUUGCUCCGGUCUGGAUCGGAUAUUUCCUUUGUCUCGCCUCCUUUGUCAUUCCGACCGAACGUAUAAAGACACUCGAAAGGACUCAGCCUCAGGUUUUGACACCCGAGUCUAGGCUUCUGUGGCUCCUUUUCACUGGCCCGCUCCUCGUCAUUGGUCUAUUUGGGUUUGCAUGGACGUCUUUCGGACCAUCACACAACCCCUGGAUCGCCCCCAUGAUCUUUACUGCUCUGGUCGGCAUCGCCAAUCUCGCCAUCUACAUAGCCACAAUCGAUUACUGCGUCUACAGUUACGGGCCUUACGCCUCGUCGGCCGCAUCAGGAAACACUUUCGUCCGCAACAUCCUCGCGGGCAGUGCCGCGAUGUACACUAACCCUCUCUACGAGAGGCUCGGCUACGAAUGGGCCUCAUCGCUCCUCGGAUUUAUAUCCAUUAUCGUCGUUCUACCCAUGUUUCUCUUCUACUUCAAGGGAUUCGAGGUGCGCAAAAGGAGCAGGUUCGCUCGAGAGAUCCUCGAGAAAGGAGAGGUCAGAUAACAACUUGUCGAAGUCGCAGAAAUCGUUGAUGGACAUUAAUACAAGGAUUACACAGGCAGUGAAACAGCAAAGUGGAUUAGGGAAAUUU